AUGCGUGUUGCUCUGAUCGUGAAUAUAGGAUCAGGUGUGAGUGUAUUGGCAGUGAAUGGCCCGAAUGAGUGGAAAAGGAUAUCAGGAACCAGUUUAGGAGGUGGAACAUUCCUUGGACUAUGUGUUCUGCUCACGGGUUGUAACUCGUUUGAGGAGGCUAUCGAACUGGCGACUUGUGGGGACAACAAACAUGUGGACAAACUUGUGAAAGACAUCAACGGUGGCAACUAUGAGAAGUUUGGCCUCCAGGGUGAUCUAGUAGCUAGCAGUUUUGGCCAGAUGAAUUCGAAAGAGAAGCGUGCAACAGUGAGUAGGGAAGAUCUUGCACGUGCAACACUUGUUACUAUCACCAACAACAUUGGUUCUAUUGCGCGCAUGUGUGCUCUCAAUGAGAAGAUUACCAGGGUGGUGUUUGUGGGCAACUUUCUGCGAGUGAAUCCUAUCUCCAUGAAGCUGCUGGCAUACGCCAUGGACUACUGGUCUGAUGGUACACUGAAGGCUCUUUUUCUGGAGCACGAGGGCUAUUUUGGUGCUGUCGGGAGUCUGCUUGCAUUCAAUGAAGAGAUCAGUUGAGACCAAUGGAGCUGCCUGUGGCUGGCACCUACUGUACCACCAUGCUAGCCCUAGCAGCCACCUAUACUUUCUACACAAGUAUUAUCUCCGUAGUGUGGAACAUUUGAAAGCUGUUAUGCCAAUUUUAGCUGUCCUAUAAGGUUGUCUUUAACUUGUUUUUGUAACAUCUAGUAGGAAUGUAUUUUUGUAUAAGCUCAAAUGUUCCUUAUUGUUAGUUAAAUGUCAAAGUCAUUCACAUGGUCUACAGAUAUUUAGUUGAUCGCAGGGGGUUAAAUUUUUGUUGUAACUUAUUUUAAAUUUUUUUACAAAUUAAUGUAUCAUUAGGAAUUUCUUCCUAAUUUUUGGGAUUUAACCCUUUUAACCCCGGUCAUUAUGUAAUAUCCAAAAAUCCCAAGUCAUUUUUGGAGAAAAUGCAAGUGUUUUGUUAAAAAAUUCAUAACUUGGCUAUUUUUUAACAUAUCAAGCUAUUUCUUUUUUAGUUUUACUUCUUAUUACAUGUGGUUCACAAACAUAUGCAAAAAAUAAUAUCUUGAAAAUACUUUAUAUAUAUGUUGAUGAAAACCAUAUAGAAAAAAAAUUGACACACAAAUGUCUAUUUAUUUUAUGUUAAAUUUAAUUCUUAUUCUAAUGAAAUAAAAAUUAUAGUUCUACUUUAUUCACAAGUUGAGUAACUUGAAUUUUUGUAAGGACGUGUCAUUUUUCUUUUUGCUAUUUUUGUACAAGUAAAUGAAACACGAGAUUUGAAAUUCAUAGUAUUUAACAUAAAGCCAAAAUUAAUUCUUAUAAAAUAAUUAAAAUUGUUUAUAGCCUAGAUUAAAAAAAUUAAAAAAAACUUUUAAUACAAUAUUUACAUAUCUAGAAUAUGUUUUCGAAAUGUCAAGAUAGCUAUUACUCAAAUUGUCGUCAUUGCCCUCAUCCACACCACUUGCAACUAAGUAAUUGGUGUAUUUUUGAUUACGGGAGACUUUGAACAAUUCCUUUUACUAAUUUUCAAAUAAAAUAAGUAACAAUCUAAUAUUUAACUGCCGUACUAUAUACUGUUUUAACUUAAUAACAUUAAAUAAGAUGGAAUGUUCACAACUUAGCGAAAUACAGCUGUCUGCAACAAUCAGUGAGCAGUCAGCCGAGAUGAAUUGUAAUUUCUCAAUCACAUAAUGACAAAAUACGAAGUCAAAAACUUUACGAACAAUUAUAUUUAGAUGCAGUACAUCUUUUUGCACAAGCCUGUGGAAUUUCAAAGCAUUUGGUAAAAUAGGUGGCCAGAAAAAUAAUACAAAGUGCAUGUCUGGACUACAUGGAUGUCUGGAGUUGACGCAAUAUUUACAUCGGGGUUGAAAGGGUUAAUAUUAUCUAUUUACAGAGCAGCUGUAAUGCAUAUUAUUGAUAAUUUCUUUCAAAUUGUAUCUUUGUUAGUUUGAAUACUGAAAAAUGUUUACAUUAUUAAUAGUGUUUUACAAGUAAUAAAUAGGUGUCUUCGUUUGGCAUUAUUAAUGCCAGAAAAAAUUAAGUACCUGGAAUUUUGAGUCAGAUGAGUUACUUUUCUAAACUUUGAUUCAAUAAU